AUGCUGGCACGGAGGGUCGUCGUCGCCGCAGGUCGCGCCGCCGCUGCCCCAGCCGCGGGCGCUGGCCGCGUGGGCGUGGCGCCGGGCGUGCGCCCCUGCGUGCGCGCCGCGGCGUCGGCCGCGGAGGUGGACGCCUCCGAGAAGGUCGAGGAGGCCGCGCCCGCGCACCUCCCCGCGUUCCGCGCCGCGCUGGACUUCAAGUUCUUCCGGGACAAUGUGGAGCUCCUCCAGCGCAACGCCGACAACCGGAACGCCGCCUGCGACGUGGCGCGGGUCGCAGAGCUCUACAGCGAGCUCGUGGCGCUGCAGCAGGAGAACGACGCGCUCCGCGCCAAGCGCAACGAGAACGCGAAGAGCAUGAAGGGUAAGAUGGAGCAGGAGCAGCGGAUGGCGCUCGUCGAGGAGGGCAAGCAGCUCAAGGCGAGGGUGGCUGAGGUCGAGGCGCGCCUCGAGGAGGUCGACCAGGAGCUGCAGGCGCAGGGCCAGCGCAUCCCGAACCUCACGCACCCGGACGUACCCGUUGGCGGCGAGUCUGAGGCCGUGCUCAUGGCGGAGAUCGGCGCGAAGAAGGACUUCGGGUUCGAGGCGAAGGACCACGUGGCGAUCGGGGAGGCGCUCGGGGCAGUCGAGUUUGACGCCGCCAGUGAAGUCUCCGGCAGCAAGUUCUACUACCUCAAGGGCGCGGGGGCGAUGCUCGAGGUCGCGCUCACGUCGUGGACCAUGUCGCGCCUCGUUGCCAAGGGCUUCAUGCCGUACACGACGCCGGACCUGGUGCGCUCGCACGUCGUCGAGCGCUGCGGGUUCCAGCCCCGCGCGGACAACACGCAAGUCUACAAGACCGAGAACAGCGACCUGUGCCUCGCGGGGACCGCGGAGAUCCCGCUCGGAGGCCUCUACAUGAACAAGAUCCUCCGGGAGGACGAGCUGCCCAUCCGGAUGUGCGGCAUCGGCCACUGCUUCCGAACCGAGGCAGGCGCGGCGGGGGCGGCCGGCAAGGGGCUGUACCGCGUGCACCAGUUCUCCAAGGUCGAGAUGUUCGUCAUCAGCACGCCCGAACAGUCCGAGGCCCUCCACCAGGAGCUGAUCGAGAUCGAGAAGGAGCUGUUCACGGAGCUCGGGCUGCACUUCAAGGUCCUCGACAUGCCCUCGGGCGACCUCGGCGCCCCGGCGUACCGCAAGGUCGACGUGGAGGCCUGGAUGCCGGGCCUGGCGCGCUACGGCGAGAUCUCGAGCGCUUCCAACUGCACCGACUACCAGGCGCGGCGGCUCAACAUUCGGUACCGGCCGGGCGGCGAGGAGGGGGACGAGGCGGAGGAGGGCAACGGCAAGAAGAAGGGCAAGAAGGGCAAGAAGGACAGUGGGCGCAAGACCAUGUUUGUGCACACGCUCAACGGGACGGGGUGCGCGGUGCCGCGGAUGAUCGUGGCGAUCCUGGAGAACUUCCAGCAGGAGGACGGCAGCGUCGUCGUGCCCGAGGUGCUGCGGCCGUACCUGGGGAUGGACGUGAUCCGCCCGAGCUGA